AUGGCAAUGGAACUAAAUCAAAACCUUUACCUCUCUGUAUUGUGGUGUCUCAUUUUCACCCUCAUUGCGUUUAAGCUCAUAAGAACAAGAACCAACAAGUCCAAUCUGCCUCCAUCUCCUCCUAAAUUACCCAUCAUUGGCAAUCUUCAUCGGUUAGGAAAACUCCCUCACCGUUCUUUCCAAUCUCUCUCAAAGAAAUUUGGCCCUCUCAUGUUGCUGCAUUUAGGUCAAACUCCAACUCUGGUGGUUUCUUCUGCAGAUCUCGCCAGAGAAAUGGCCAAAACCAAUAACGACAUCGUUUUCUCUGACCGUCCCUCAAAUACAGCUUCCAGAAUCCUCUUCUAUGGACACAACAAGGACUUGAGUUUCGCACCAUAUGGCCAAGAGUGGAGACAGAGAAGAAAAAUCUCAGUCCUCGAACUUCUCAGCACGAAACGGGUUCGAUCCUAUCACUCCAUUAGAGAAGAGGAAGUUUCAGAACUGGUUCGAAAGAUUCAAGAAGCACGUAAGUCAUGCGUAUCAGUAAAUCUGACUUUAUUUCUGGUUGAAUCUUCGAACAAUGUAGUGUCCAGAUGUAUUUUUGGCCAUAAGGACGAAGCUGAUGAUCUGGAUGGUAAAAGCAGCACCAAAAGCUUUGGAGAGAUUGUGAAGAAAGUUACGCAUCACUUUGGAGAGUUUAGUUUUGGGGAUUUUUUCCCUUCGUUGUGGUGGAUGGAUUUUAUUACAGGUUUGGUUCCAAGAAUGAAGAGCACUUUUAAAGAAUUAGACGCUUUCAUGAAUCAGGUGGUUGCAGAACACAAGUACGGGACAAGAAAUAAUGAGAACAAGGACAUUGUUGAUAUUCUUCUUCAACUUCAACACGAUGCUCGUGAUGACGACGACUUGGGUCUCUCCCUAGACAGCAUCAAGGCGAUUCUACUGGAUUUGUUUGCAGGAGGAAGUGAGACUACUUCAACUACAUUAGAAUGGGCAAUGGCAGAGCUAAUGAGGCAUCCAGAGAAGAUGAAGAAAGCACAAGAAGAGGUACGAACAGUUGUGGAGAAGAAGAAGAAGAACAAAUCAAGAAUAGAUGAAGAUGAUGUGAGUCAAAUGAGCUACUUGAAAUGUGUGGUCAAGGAAACUUUAAGGCUGCACAAUCCACCAGCUCUUAUUACAAGAGAAACUAACAGUACUGUGAAGCUAGGAGGGUACGAUAUUCCACCCCAAACAAUGGUGACUGUGAAUGCAUGGGCAAUUCAGAGAGAUCAUGAUCAGUGGGAGAGACCUGAAGAGUUUGUUCCAGAGAGAUUUGAGAACAGCAAGGUUGAUUUUAAAGGCCAGAAUUUUCAGUUUAUACCAUUUGGUUUUGGAAGAAGAGGAUGUCCUGGACUCUUAUUUGGGGUUGCUUCAAUUGAAUAUACACUUUCUAAUCUCUUGUAUUGGUUUGACUGGAAGCUACCUGAAGAGGACAUAGACAUGAGUGAGACAAUUGGUCUCACUGUGAACAAGAAGCUACCACUUCAUCUUCAACCAGUUCCAUACUAUUUCUGCCCUAAAAUUUGA